AUCCGUCAGGCAGGAUCCGCCAUCAAAGUGAUACCCCUCCCUCCUGCAGUUUGUUCCACUCAAGGCCGCAUCUUAAAAUAAAAAUGGCGACUUGCCGCCUGACGCACUCCGUAUUCUCCACCCCCAUCCUUUCCCAACCACGUUCUCCGGUUGCUUCCCACUCGCAUUAUAAUUCAUAUCCAGGAAUGGUGCUAUGGAAGGAAAUCCGUUGUUGAGCGCCCAUGUUUUCUUGCUGUACAUACACACUGCACUGGUGAAUAGUUUAGGGAAACUGCAGGUACUGGAAACCUUAAAAAUAAGAACAGUAAUUGCUGGAAACACUCAGCAGGACAGACAGUUCAUCCGGAAAACGAAAUAAUUCCCUCAAACACAUACAUAACGAAAUUUGGUGUGUCCUCGCCGCGUCUGGGCCCAUUGAUCAACACAUCAGCAGCUCACUGCCGAUUCACCAUUUUGGAUCCUAAUCGGUUGCCGCCAGUGAAAGCAAACUGAAAACAUUAGUGCAGAAGCUACACGAAUAUCUUGCUCAAUCAACAGAACAAGCUGAAGAGACCCUGUCCUCUCCAGACCUAUGUGUAAAUCAAUUUUCAGAUAGAGGGAACGCAGCUCCCAUUUCAAUUUCAACUCAGAUGGAGCAUAAAGAGGUCUCCAGCCGAAAAUCAAAGUCUUCGGGAUCAUCCCACUCAAGAAGGAAACCCUCAUUUGUGACAAAGCACAUUGUGUCAGAUGAUGAAACAUCAAAUGAGACUGCUUCUGGCUGCGAGAAACUGACUUCAAAUAUUGAGGACACGGAUAAUUUAGAUGUGAAUUGUCUGCCUAAAGGCACGGUAGUUGUACAGCCUGAACCUGUAUGUGAUGAAGAUAAAGAUAACUUUCGAGGACCUGAAUUUAGAACCAAAAAUCCUAAGAACAAAAUGGAAACAACAAAGAAACGUGGAGAUGAGAAUCUGCAUGGAAUAGUCAGUUGCACUGCUUGUGGGCAGCAGGUAAACCAUUUUCACAAGGAUUCAGUUCAGCGGCAUCCUGCAUUGAAAGUUGUCAUAUGUAAGAGCUGCCAUAAGUACUACAUGAGUGAUGACAUUAGCAAAGAUGCUGAUAAUAUGGAUGAACAGUGCAGAUGGUGUGCUGAAGGUGGAAAUCUGAUUUGUUGUGAUUUUUGUCACAAUGCAUUUUGCAAAAGCUGCAUAUUGCGCAACCUGGGUAGAAAGGAACUAUCAAAUAUUAUGGAUGAAAACAAAAAGUGGUACUGCUACGUGUGUAAUCCAGAGCCUUUACUGGAUUUGGUCACAGCUUGUGAUAGUGUAUUUGAGUGCCUUGAUCAGCUUUGGCAACAAAACAGAAAGAAGAAAGACUUUGAAAAGUUUAAAUUUGACACUGGAAAAUGCAAGUCUCCAGGCCUUCAUGACAGUGAUAGAUCUGUAGAUCAGGAUUAUAAAAGAACUCCAAGAAUUUCCAGUAAAGAUUGUAAUGGACAGGAAAAGGAUAUAAGUUCGUUGAAGACCCUUUCUUCGGGAUCUGGAGGUAUUACAUAUUCUUACAAGGCAUUGAAAGUACCAAAAGACAUUCUGAAGAAGGCUCGCAAACUAAUUGAUACGACAGCUAACUUGAAUAUUAGCUUCGUAAAUUUUUUAAAACAAAAGGAGUUGGGUGAUUCUGUAUCUAGUGUAAGCAUGAGACAGUUGAAAGCAUUUAAGUCUGUGCUCGGUGAUCUAAAGAAAGUGCAUCUUGCAUUGGAAGAAGUUGUAGAUACAGAGAUUCAAGACUUAGAAAUGGAACAAAAAAAAUCUGAAUCCUUACAAGAGUCUGUUAGCAAAGAUGACGCACAAAAGUCAACUAAAAGUGAGAAUUAUUUAUUACCAAAUAAGCCAAUUGCGGAAAAUUCGGUUUUAGCAGCAGACACAUCUGAUCAAAUGGAAGUGUCUUUGGUUUCGAGUGAACAUGACAAGACUGAAGAUGAAAAUAUCAUAUCUGUAGGAAAAACUGAUAAGUUAAUGCUUAAUCCAGCAAUAGACGGUGUUGAAAAUGACUGUUCAUUAAGUGAGUUCAAAAAUGCAGCUGAUGCUGCAGAUGAAAGUACAAGCCUGGGCCUAGAAUCAGAAAUGGUAGAUGAAACUUUGCUUAACAGUUUAGAUGAGGCUUUUCAUAUGGGAUGUGCUUCUUCACCUACUGGAGAUUUGUCUGCGGUUUCUGACUCAUUGUUACCAGAUUUGGAAACAGUGAAUAAUUCUGCAAGUGACAGCAGAAUGCUUGAUGCUGUGUUGCCUAAGGCGACGAUUAAAAGUGACAAUAACUUGCAAAAAUCUUCAGAGUUUGACACUAGUUCUAGUCCAGUGAAGCAUGAACUUUCAACAAAUUUGACCCCAGUUUCAUUGAAGAGGAGUAAGAAAACAACAAAAGGUGUACGUAAGAAAAAAUUGCCAAAGAGGAGCAAACAAAAUGUGCCCGAAUCUGUGGCUGAGGCUGCAGCGGACAGUGAUGAUGAAGCCAAGGCUGUGGGGAACAGUGAUGAUGCAGCUGAGUCUGCUGGGGAUGGUAGUGCAGCCGAGUCUGCUGGGGAUGGAGACGGUGGAGUCGAGUCUGCUGGGGAUGGAGACGGUGGAGUCGAGUCUGCUGGGGAUGGAGAUGAUGGAGCUGAGUCUGCUGGGGAUGGAGAUGGUGAAGCUGAGUCUGCUGGGGAAGGAGAUGGUGAAGCUGGGGCUGCAGGAGAUGGGGAUGGUAUAGUUGAGACUAUACCGGAUGUAGAUGGUAUAGCUAAGACUGUACGGGAUGUAGAUGGUACAGCUAAGGCUGCAGGAGAUGGGGAUGGUAUAGCUGAGACUGUACGAGAUGUAGAUGGUACAGCUGAGGCAGUACAGGAUGUGGAUGGUACAGCUGAGGCUGCAGGUGACGGAGAUGGUAUUGCUGCGACUGUAUGGGAUGAAGAUAGUGCAGUUGAGGAUGCAGGGGAUGAUGGGAGUGACGCUGAAGCAAUGAGGGAUGGCAGUGAUGCUGGCGUUCCAGAUAAUGAGAGUGGUAAGGAUGUUGCAUUAGAAUCAAUGGAUGAUGAAAACCACGAUACUGGGGAAGACAGCAAUGGUGAUAUUGUGGAUAAUGUCAGUGGUGCAGAUGAUUUGAUUAAAAACAAAAAGCUUGUCACUAGAUCUCAAAAGGGCAGUGCAAAUUUUUCAAAAAAAAGAAAGAAAAAAUCUAAGGAUGAAAGUGAAAAUGAUACUGCAAAUGAUGCUACAAUUGAUGCUUCGGUUCUAUCAGACACUGAUACAAAGCGGUCACCUCGCGUUAAGACUACACCCUUGAGACGCCCUGCAGGGACAGGGAUUGUUAACUCCAGAUCUGAGGAAGACACUGAAAGUGGUGGUGGCAAAAAAAGAAGGAAAUCAAAAAGUAAAACCAAGGACAAUGAAAAAAUUAAUUCUUCAGCAAAAGUCAAGGCUGUCCGAUCAAAAACAUCUAAUAAAAAUGUCAAGUCUGAUUCUGAUAAAUCAGAUGCAUCUCAUAAAGUUGGUGUGCAAAUUACCUCUGACUCUGAUGAAAUACCAGAAGUACUUAGAAAGGCAGCAGUGAAGCGUGAUAGUUCAUCUGAUGCAGAUAACAAAAACAGUGAUUCAUCACAGAAAAUUAUUAAAAAGGCUAGUUUGUUUGGUUUGAGAAAGCGAAUGCCACGAGUAAAUAACACAGAUACCGUUAAACGGAAGAGGAAGUGUUCAUCCUCCAGCUCAGAUUUCAGUGGAAAGCCAAGAAAAAGAACUAGUAAAAGAAUUAAUGUUGCCAAUAAAAAAAGACGACAUAAUUCUGACUCCUCCAACUAUGAUUCUGACCUAGAAAAAGAAAUAAAGAACUUGAGUAAAAUCAGUGCAGCAAAAAAAUCAACUUCAAAGAAAUCCAAAAAGCAGGCAACACAGGAUGAUGGGGUUGAUUCAUCCAAAGAUAAUGAGAAAGUUGCUGCAAAGUCUGCUCAAGAAAAGACAAAAUUAAAACGCAAGAAAAAAACUAAGGAAAGAAAGCAGACCUCUUCAUCCUCGUCAGAUGACGAUGAAGCUGCUGAACAAGCAGACAAGCAUGAUCUUCCUGGAGAAGGAAGCAUUGACGAACAAAAGAUACAACCUAUCAUGGAAAACGUUGUGCUUGCUACUGGAUCUGGAUUUUGCCAGUCAUCAGGUGAUGAAGGAGAAGGCAAUUCAAAAAAUGUCACCCAGUGUGCCAGUGAUGACUGUGAUGAUGAUCCUGAGAAUAGAAUUGCCAAGAAAAUGCUGUUAGCGGAAAUAAGUGCAAAUCUAUCAUCCAACAAUGAUAAAUCUUCAGACGAGGAAUCUGAAGAUGAAAAGAAGAAAUCUGGCCAGAGAAAUGAACAAGAAGAUGAAGAAGAAAAUGAUGAAGACGAGGAAGCUGAAGACGACUCUGGUUCAGACUCUGAGUUUGAAAUGACAAAGAAGCCACGUUACAGGCAUCGACUUUUGAGGCAUAAACUCACAAUGAGUGAUGGUGAAUCUGGAAAUGAAAAAGGAGCGAAAGUCAAAGAUGGAACAAAGGAAGGCACACGCAAGAGCAGAAGGAAAGUAAGUAGUAACGAAGAAACUACCGAACAGGAGAGUGACUCUGACUUCUCUGAAUCUCAAUCUAGUGAAGAGGAAAGUGAUUCUGAUGAUAAACAGAAACGUCCAAGGACAAGAGCAUCUAAAAAAGAGGCAGAGGAAAGCCAUCGCAGCUAUUUGCAGAAAAAGAAAAGAAGGCGAAUUAAAGUUCAGGAAAACUCAUCAAGUGAAAAGAGCAACUCAGAGAGUGGAAGUAAUAGUGAUAGUCAGAGCGAUGAUGAUUUAGCAUCUCCUGGAAAAGGUCGGAAGAAGAUAAGGAAGAUUUUGAAAGAUGGCAAUUUGCGAACAGAAACUCUAAAUGCCUUAAAAAUCGAGGAAGAUAGAAGAAAACGAAUUGCUGACAGAGAAAAGGAGAGGGACAAGUUGAGAGAGCAGAUGGAAGUAUUGGAAGGUUUAGCACCUGCACAUUGUUCAAUAACCACUAAACUGGUCCUUGAGGAAGAUAAAGAGACAAAGGAAUGCCUCAUCCAAGUCCAUCGAAAUUUGGUACGAAAAUUGAAACCCCAUCAAGUAGAUGGUGUGCAGUUCAUGUGGGAUUGUUGCUGUGAGUCGAUGAGCAAAACCGUGAAAGAGACAGGCUCAGGCUGCAUAUUGGCACAUUGCAUGGGACUUGGAAAGACACUGCAGGUUGUGACUUUUUUGCACACCAUGCUGUUGUCUGAGAAAAUUGAAUUCACUACUGCUUUAAUUGUUUGCCCACUAAACACUGUUCUUAAUUGGAUCAAUGAAUUUUCAAAAUGGCAGGAAGGACUGGACGAUGAUGAAUGCCUAGAGGUAACUGAAUUGGCGACAGUUAAACGCCCUCAGGAGAGAUCGUACCUUCUUGAAAGAUGGAUGGAGGAUGGCGGUGUCAUGGUUUUAGGUUAUGAAAUGUAUCGUAAUCUUGCACAAGGCAGAAAUGUGAAAAGUAGGAAGAUGAAAGAAAUAUUCCAGAAGACUUUAGUCGACCCUGGACCAGACUUUGUUGUCUGUGAUGAAGGCCAUAUACUUAAAAAUGAAGCUUCGGCAAUAUCAAAGGCAAUGAAUUCUAUCAGAACAAGAAGGAGGAUUAUUCUAACAGGGACACCAUUACAAAACAAUCUUGUUGAAUAUCAUUGUAUGGUGAAUUUCAUUAAGGAGAAUCUUCUUGGCUCAAUAAAAGAAUUCAGAAACAGAUUUAUGAAUCCGAUUCAGAAUGGGCAAUGCGCAGACUCCACUUUAGUGGAUGUAAGAGUAAUGAAGAAACGUGCCCACAUAUUAUAUGAGAUGUUAGCAGGUUGUGUGCAGCGCAAAGACUACACUGCACUUACAAAAUUCUUGCUUCCGAAACAUGAGUAUGUUCUUGCUGUGAGAAUGAUGCCAAUUCAGUGCAAACUUUAUCAGUACUACCUUGAUCAUUUUACAGGUGUAGGAACUAGUGCUGAAGGUGGAAGGGGUAGAACUGGAACCAGACUCUUUCAAGAUUUUCAAAUGUUGAGUAGGAUAUGGACCCAUCCUUGGUGUUUGCAGUUGGAUUACAUCAGUAAAGAAAACAAGGGAUACUUUGAUGAGGACAGUAUGGAUGAAUUCAUUGCAUCAGACUCUGAUGAGACUUCAAUGAGUCUUUCCUCAGAAGAAGAGAAAAGUAAGAAAAAAAAGCGUGGAAAGAAAAAUGGAAGCAGCUCUAAGGAAAGUGGCAGUGAUAAUGAAGUAGAAGUGAUAAAAGUCUGGAAUUCAAGAUCACGUGGUGGAGGGGAAGGAAGUACGGAAGAUAAAAUUGCAGAACCUACUGUUGCAAAAAUCGAAGAGGUACUUGCAGUGAAGCCUCCCGCUGGUACUAAUCCAGGUAGUCCUGCUGCUGACUGGUACAAAGAAUUCGUUACUGAUGCUGAUGCAGAAAUACUUACCCAUUCAGGGAAAAUGGCCAUCUUGUUUGAAAUUCUACACAUGUCAGAAGCAAUUGGAGAAAAAGUACUUGUCUUCAGCCAAUCACUGAUAUCAUUGGAUUUGAUAGAAGACUUUCUGGAGAUGGCAAAUAGAGAAAAGUCAGAUGACAAGACUAAUGUUUAUAAAGGUGAAGGGAAAUGGUACAGAAACAUAGAUUACUAUCGAAUGGAUGGAUCCACAAGUGCACAAACAAGAAAAAAAUGGGCAGAAGAGUUCAACGAUGAAACAAAUGUCAGGGGUCGUCUAUUCAUCAUUUCCACAAAAGCUGGAUCUCUGGGGAUUAAUCUUGUGGCUUCCAACCGUGUCAUCAUUUUUGAUGCCUCCUGGAAUCCUUCAUAUGACAUCCAGAGCAUCUUUCGAGUUUAUCGUUUUGGACAGUUAAAGCCAGUCUUUGUGUACAGAUUCUUGGCUCAGGGAACCAUGGAGGAAAAGAUUUAUGAUCGACAAGUAACAAAACAGUCACUUUCAUUCCGCGUGGUCGACCAGCAACAGAUUGAGCGUCACUUCACAAUGAAUGAAUUAACUGAACUCUACACUUUUGAGCCAGAUCAGCUGGAUGAUCUAAACACUGAAAAGAAGAAGAAAAGAGAUACUCCAAUGCUGCCAAAGGAUCAUAUUUUAGCAGAACUACUUAAAAACCAGAAAGAUUUCCUUGUUGGUUACCAUGAACAUGACUCGCUUUUAGACCACAAGGAGGAAGAAGAGCUAUCUGAGGCGGACCGUAAAGCAGCAUGGGCUGAAUAUGAAGCAGAAAAGAAGGGUAUCUCCUUGCGAACUAAUGUUGCACCUGGGAUUAAUUUUCCUGGUGCCAAUUUCACCUUGCAGGCUACACAUUUUCCUUUCAACGUAGCAACUUUGUCGGCAAUGAGUAAUCAACAGCUGGAGGAUCUUAUAAACCAAGGCAGAGAGAAAGUAGUCGAAGCAAGUACAAGCAUAGCAGGUGUGAGAGCAGAGGCUCUUGAAGACCUAAUUGCACAAGUGUGGAAAGAGAAUCCCAGCCUGACUGAAGACCAGGUUCAAGCAGUAUCACUCACCAAACAAGUAACCCAAGAGUUGGAAAUUAAACGAAGAGAAGCUAUGUACAAUGAUAUCCUUUCAAAGCAGCAGCUGCUGAUCCGUUCAGUACAGCAGAUAUUAAUGAGCCGAAGGCAGCAUCAGAUUAACCAGAUGGCACAACAGCAACCGUACCCGAUGUCGCCACUUUUAAACCAAUUUAUGGCUGCAAGAAAUGCUGGCCCAAUGCUUAGUUAUCCACACAUCGACCUAAGAGGACUGCCUAUGUAUUCACAAACUGCAUCUGGUAUGCGGCCACCUCCUUUGCAGAGGGCACCACCUAUACCCAUGCAGAUGAAGGGACAGUCUCCUGGCCCCCCACAGCUGAAACAAGGAGUACAAAAUUCAAAAAAUUAGCCAUUGUUAUAAGAGAUUUUACCAGAUAACAAAAACAUAAUAUUGUGCCUUUGCUAUGGUAGCAAGCACAUUUCUGAACUGAAAAAAAAACAGGUGACCAAUUUAUAACUGGGACACUACUUGAGUGCAUAGAUUGGUGCUGAGAUAUUCAGUGGUAAUACUGUCAUAGGAGAUUCUGAAGAAUCUUGAAACAUUGUACAUAGCCUGAAGAAAUAUGUGAUUGGUGAGGAAGAGAACCAGUUUUCUUCCACCUUUAUUUUUCCUUAUGCCAUUUUGUUAAAUUUGAUGUAUCUGAGCAAUUUGAAAUGGUUUGGGGAAGUGGGAAGGCCAGAUUCACUGACCCACAAAAACGUCAGUCUUCUCAUUUGCUUAUGAAUAACAGGAAUAAGCCCAAGUUGAUAAAAGGACAAAUCAUUCUUGUUACCCCUUCCAGAAAUAUAAUUGGGUGAUAAUGCUUGUCUCAGAGCUAAUGUCAAGAUUUUCACCCCAUGUCAACUGAAUUUUUCCAUCUCUUGUUCCAAAACAGGAACAUUUCUGAACUACUAAAAGAUUCUAGAACAGGUUAUCUUAGAUGAAUCAAGAUGUUUGCAAGUUUCAUUGGUAAUAGUUAUGAAUGUCAAUUCAUAUUUCUAAAUAAAGCCUGUUUUCUUAGAAAUUGAAGUUGAUUCUUUUGCAGUCCCACUAUUCAGUAUAUUAAUUUAGUGAUUUUUUUUGUUUCAGUCUCUAGUGCAAAUUACAUUGCUUUCACUCUACAGCCUAAUUAGUUGCCAGCAAACCCAAUUUGGAGUUAAAUUCCUCUUGCAGUUACGUCAAAACUUUUACCUUGGAUAUAAACUUACUGCCUGGAUAUCUUUAACUGUAGAGGAACUGGAAAGUAUCAUUUAUCAAGUCUUCACCAAAUGUUGAUUCCAUUAAUGUAACUUUGUGUAUAUGUUACUUGGCUGUAAUUGGUCUCUAUCCUAAGUAUGCCAUCCUGUUCAGUCACAUCUCCAUUCUGAUUGUGUAAUUCCGGAUUGCUUUGAAUGACACCUUCGGAUCCUUUCUGGUGCGGGUUUUGCCAGUGUCAGGGAAUUCUCUCUUGACAUCUGCAGAUCUCUGUAGUCAAGUGGUCGGCCUCGGCGUGAGCACAAAUUGCUAUUCCUUGUAUUCCUGUGAAUAAAAUGUAACUGUCCUUGGAACAAUUAUUUAUCAGUGUGUUCAGCAAUAUUAUUGUACUAACAAAUGAUCUCUUCAUUUAGUCAUUCCCACUGCUAUUAAUUCAUUUCAUUUCCUCAAUUGGAAUAAGGAUCUGUUCUCUGAUGAUCAACUAUAUACCUAACUGUUCCAUCAGGACUGAGAUUAACACUUUAUUUAUCCCUGACAACCUUAGAAGCCAGCAUCCAGCUCCCGUGAUUUGCAUUUAUUACAUGGUAACUAAACACUUUUAUUUUAUGCAGAGAUUACUAUUGCCUGCUUGCUUCUAGAUUUGAUGUUUCAUCUGCUACAGAUAACAGGACCCUAAAGAUUGAAACUGUUGGUUCCCUAAAUUCAUUAAAUUAUUGAAUGUGAUUUGUAUAUCUACGCGUAUGAGAGAUAUUUGGCCACGACCUCCAUUCACCGGUCUCCAAGGAAAAAUCAUCUUCUCAGUGCACAGAUGACUAACUGCCUGUAUAGAUUAAACCUGAGCUAAAUCGGUGAUGCUAAACAAUGCGCAUUCUGCUUUUGGCACCAGAAAGCAAUUAUUAAUGUAUUCUACAUUAUUGUCACCAUACACAUAGAAAAUUGAUCAGUUGAAGUCGACCGGAAAUCACCUUCAAUAUCAGGUACAAUCCUUGAGGUCAUUUAAAUAAUCUGAAAGACUGGCUGAGGCAUCUUGCAUUGGUUUUCCAUGAAGAAAAUCUUAACAUUCAUUCCAACUGUUAGAUAAUGCUAGGUCAAACUCCUGUUAUAUGUUGUUGAUUUUGUUUUAAUGAGGGGAAGCUCAGUUAUCAACCUAGUGAAGUGCUCUUUUGAAUAAAAGUUUCGACGCAACCAAUUCUAUUACCUUUAAGUAUUACUAAAUAGAGUCAAUUUGUGUUUUGUUUUUAGUUCCAAAACAGGGCUACUUAUCAACUGUUUAUCAGCUAAAAUCAAAUGUUCUUAGGUUUUAGUGGGGAAACAAAGUAAUGAUGCCAUAAGUAAAGCCUUGGUAGGAACCUGCUGGAAACCCUGAUUGUCAACUGUGGUAUAUGGUGGAUGCUUCUCUUCAAAGAUUGAAGGACAAGUAAUGUAAAUUUCAGAUUCCUGUCAGGAUGUCUGUUUUCAUAUUUUGUGAUCAUAACAUUUUGUUGCAUAUGUAUGAUUAAAGCAGUACAAGCAUAUUAAUAUGGUAAUGCACAUUUAUUUUGCACCUAUACUGUCAUCCAAAUGUAAACCAAAAAUAAAGCUACUCUGCACUCUGGCUGCAGCUUUGUUAAAAUCAUUAUGAUUUAAAGCUAUUUGGCUAGUGAAAUGAUUUAUGAAAGAUGAAUGUUUUCUAAUUGCAUCAAUGAUUCGUAAGAAUAUGUUCAAAUUACUUGAUUAGGAACUUGCAACAGCAAAAUGUAACAGUAUCAAGUUAUGCUGUUGUGUAAUAUGAAUGGCAGCUAUUUUCUUUCAGUCCAUUGUAUUUCACUAUGCAAUCGAAGCAAAAUAAUAAGCCUCUUGGUCUUAUUGAAGGAUGAGGCUUAUCUGGCUGCUAAUUUAAAAAUAAAAUCCAUUUGCACAGCAGCUAUUGCUUUCAAUGGCUUUUUUUUUUUUUAAUGAAUGGACCAUCCACUUUCUCCCUUAUCAAUUGAUCGCCUCUGUGUCCUACAAUUAAGAGUUACUUCAAAUUAGCUGAAUUAGUUACCCUUUGGUAAUUGCUAAAUUUGUAAUAAGUUCAUACCAUAACAUUUUUCCACAAAUUACUGACAAGUUAUUUGGGGAGUGGGAGUAGAUAUACAUGUGUACGUUAAUGAUGUUGUGAUAAACAUUGUAUUUGUUCGUUCAGUGGGAUGGCAUCUUCAACUGCUUGCUUGACAACCACAUUAUUCUCUACCCUCUCCCCCUACCCCACCCCCCUCAUCAUUAUCGAAGUAGCCAGUGACGAGUCAUAAUCACUUUCAUCUAUCAUUUGCAAAUUUGAUUUAAUAUGUAACUAAGUUGGUUGAUUUGUCGUGGCUUUGUCUUUUGAAGCUUGAAACAAUAAAACUAAACACCCAUGCAGUGAAGAGAAACUCCAAAUGUAAUUGGGCAGUGGAAUAGUUUUCAGAUCCUUGGUUUUGGUACCCAAUGGGUUUUGUUUUCAUAGUUUUGUUUUCUGCUGUAAUUAAUUUUCUCUUUUGGAAUUGUCUUUUUGUAACAAGAGCGAAAAUUACCACCAGACUUUUUACCAGAUAUUCUAACAGUACUGCUAACAGAUUUUUCCUUUUAUUUUCCUUAAAUGAAGAGAAAAAAUUAAGUCAUGGAUACCACAUUGAUGGUAUUGAGUUAAUACACACAUGAAUUUUUCAGAUGAAAUAUACAAUAUAAUGUUUGGACUGCUAGGUAUGUUUUACUUUAAAUUUGCGUUGUACGUUUAAAUCUCUCAAAGAGGUACAUUUGACCACAAAAUAGUUGUGAAAUUUAUUAAGGUUGUGGUUGGAUGACAAACUAUAUCACCCACACUGUUCAUUUUUAUAAAGUUAGAUGUGAUUUACAUAGUUGCUGCUGCUUAACUGAUAAAUAUGUUGCAGCUUGUAUUACGACUAAAAAUGGUUAAAACCCCAUAUUUUCUAACUCGUACUGUCCUUAAUUUUGGAUGUAAAGCAUUCUUUGCUUAGCUACUUGUUUUGUAUCAACCGUGCCCUAGUUGAAUAGCAAAAAGCAAGCCCUAAGCUAUCAUAAGCUGUUAAAUUCCAAUAGCAGUGAAGAUGUAACAAUCUUGCUUGCUUUAUACAUUUUAGAAACUGUUUCAACUGUAUUUAUUUGCCACCGUAAAUACUGUAGAACUGAUGCAACUUCAUCCUAUAGGGAUUAUUGUGUGCCUCUAGCAGCGUGUUUUAAUAGAAAUUGUAGUGGAUGAAUAAGUACGCACACUGUGUUGUCACCUUUGCAAGUGGUAUCAAAAUAUUGAAAUUUUAAUAUUUAAUAUUCAAUAAAAAUAACAAAAUGAA